UGUUCACUUGCUGCUGGGAACUCGGCUAACAUGUGUGAGGGCCAUGGGCCAUGGGACUCCUGAUAAUAUGAACUGGGUCAGACUACUGCAGAAACUGCUGCUUGUGGUCCACAUCAGGCAGCUCAUAUGCAGUUCUGUCCAGUUUUCCAUCCCAGAGGAACUAGAGCCUGAAACUCUGGUUGGAUCACUUAGUAGACACUUUUCUCCUCCGUAUCAGCUCCUGACCCAGGAGUUCCUGAGGAUGGACAAAAACACGGGGAAUUUCUACACCACUGAUGAAAAGAUGGAUCGCGAGGCCCUCUGUCCCGCGGAGACGAAAGCUGAGUGCAUUAUUCUACACAAUGCUGUCGUGGGGCCCUCAGGAGACCUUAUACAGUUCCCUGUGAUCAUAGAGGACAUUAAUGACAACCCACCACAUUUUGAAAACAGUGAAAUACACCUGAGAGUGGCCGAGGAUGUGACUGUGGGGACCAGUUUUGUAAUAGAUGAUCAGGCUCUGGACAGUGACGCUGGUCGUAAUGGAGAGGUGCAGUACCACCUAAAAGGCUCUGAAGGAGUUUUCAGUUUAAAAAUCGAAGAAGACGGCGCUUUAAUUAUGUUGGUUGUGCAAAGAGCCCUGGAUAGGGAAACUCGGGACUCGUUUCAGAUGCAGCUGGUGGCCACUGAUUGUGGUGUUGAGCCUUUAAGUGCAUCUGCAACUUUAAUAGUCACAGUGACAGAUGUCAAUGACAACUGUCCAGCCUUUAGCCCUGACAGUCCCCGCAGUGUCACGAUCCCAGGAGACUCCCCAAAGAACACCGUGGUCACUCAGGUGAGAGCCACAGAUCCAGAUUCAGGCCCAAAUGCUGCCAUCAUUUACUCCUUCAGUCCCAAAGUCUCUGAGCGAGCCAAGAAGCUCUUUAGCCUCGACAGUCUCACCGGAUCCAUCAGCCUUACACAAGAUCUCGAGAGUGACAGCUCUGACGAGCUGGUAUUGAAAGUGUUAGCUAGCAGCCAUCACUGCCCCCCAGCAGACACUCAGGUAACAGUAUCUGUGCUCCCUAAGGUGAACCAAGAGCUAACGAUCAAGAUCAGGUUCAUAGCAGAGCAUCAAAACCAGACUAUGGUGUUACAAGAGAACCAGCACCCCACAGUCUUAGCUGUUUUAGAGCUGGAGGGUGACAGCAGCUUUAAAGGCUCAUCUCUUGCCAUUGAAGGUGAAGUGCCUUUCACUUUGAGCCCACAGAAUGGCAAGUAUCUGCUUUCCACAUCAAAGCCCUUAGACUAUGAGAUGAAUAGUGAACAUCAUAUUUCCGUGGUAGUGCACACAAGAUCAGCUGAGGGAUCUGUGAUCAUUCCUUAUAGACGUGUAGUCACAGUAUUGGUGACAGACAUCAAUGAUAAUGCUCCACAUUUUGUACAGUCUCACUACCAGCUUGAAGUGGAAGAAAACAAUCAGCCCGGAAUGUCACUGCUGCAGGUCUCAGCGUCAGAUGCAGACAGCGGGCACAACGGCAGGGUGAGCUACGGGCUGGAAAAAUACAAUCCAGCCAUCUUUAACAUUGACUCUAUAACAGGUAAACUGUCUGUGUCAGUUCCUCUGGAUAGGGAGCAACAGUGUGUACACAAACUCACCGUGUUUGCCCGAGAUAGUGGCUCUCCUCCCUUGCAAUCCAUGGCCACUGUAUCCAUUCACGUUCUGGACCAGAAUGACAAUGCACCUGUUUUUCUAACCCCUCACUUCAUCUUUUUCAUCCCUGAAAAUGUUCCAACAUUCUCCCAGGUGGGGAGGGUGGAGGUGAAAGACCCGGAUGAAGGGGAGAAUGGGAGAACAGAAUUUCAUGUUGUAAACAGCAGUGGACCUUUUGUUGUGGAUAACACUCAGGGGACACUACGCACCACCAGGAACUUGGACCGCGAGACAGAGGACCGCUAUGAAUUCUACCUGCUGGCCAGGGAUCACGGCCACUCAGUUGCUUUGACUUCCACUGCCAGAGUGACUAUCUUUGUGGAAGACAUCAAUGACAACCAGCCAAAAGUGAUCCUUCCGAGCAGCAACUCCUCAUGCCUGACGGUCUCUCCAGGUACCCCGGCAGGUACUAUGGUAGGAAAGAUCUAUGCCAUCGAUGAGGACUCAGGAUUGAAUUCAGAGAUUACAUACUCAGCUGAGGCACCAGAGCCAGUGCAAAACAGCAGUCCCUUUAAGAUUGAUUCAAGGUCGGGAAAUAUCACCUUAAGUCAGCAGCUUCUUCACAACGACCUGGGAAUGCAUCACCUGUUCAUUGUGAUCAGAGAUGGGGGUAAACCAGCUCCACUUUACACCACUGUCUGGAUGAAUCUGCUGGUCAAUGACAGCACAGAACCUUGCCACUUGGACAGGGUGCCCACCUGGACAGGGACACUCAACUUGGUUCAAACCCCUUCAAAGGCUCCAAUCUGUGACACGGAGACAACCAGAUUUGCACAAGUGAUACUGUUAAUAGGCCUGGGUAUGAUGCUAGCGUCCACAUGUUUGUUUGUGGUCACAGCUAUCUGUUGCAUGAAACAGAGGAGAAGAAGUCUGAAAAUGAACAAGAGAGCAUACAGUGAGGAGAAUGAGAUUCCACUCAGGCUCAAAGACAAAUAUUACUCUGAUUAAUAACAGCAAGCAAUGUGGAAAGCUCACAGUCUCAAAGAUAAAAAUGUCCUGUGAAUUAAAUAUAUUCGGUAUAUUUGUCAAGGGCUUCUUGCAUUGUAAUAAGUCACUGAAUCAGUCUGAUGCACGGUGCAUUCAAACAUGUGUCAAUAGCAAAACUGACAAGUUCUGUGGAAAUAAAGUUGAUCCAUUUUCUGAUAAAGAAACGAGCAUAUGAUCCGAUAAGCAUGUCAAGUUAUCUGCAAAAUCAUGUUCCCUGAGAAGAAUGUGAAACAAAAAUAAAUAAAACUGCAUUUCACAGAUUGGUUUCACAGCAAGUCAUCAGUAAGAUGCCAGCAUUUCAGGGAUUGUCUUUAAGGAUUAUUGCCCAUGACCCCUGCGGGUAGAAAGACUGAAGUAAUGCUCUGUUAGGUUGAUUGGUCCUUUCUCAGAUUUCUGACUGGGUGAUGGGGAGUCUAAAGUAUUUAGACACACAAAAGGGUUUAAUGUUCCUCAGUUGGGGAGGUGAUGAAAGUCUCUCAAGAAGUAACUCUGAGAUGAGCUCAGGAGGCGGAGGGCGGCCGUGGACAGGUGAGAGGCGGCAGAGGGAAGGCACAGCGGCGUCUCAAGUAACCGCCUCGCACCUGUUACUUGAUAGCACUGCUUUUC